CCUGGAGGCAGUUUUUGAGCAACAGAUGCAGUUUGCCCUGGAUCCAAAUGUAUAAAUACUGAGAGUGUCUUCUCCCACCUCAAGUCUCACAGCUCACCCACCACUGGCUCCUGUGAAACAAUGCUCUGCUUCAGCUCCACACUCUUGCUGGCAGCAACCUGUCUGCUAGUGACUGCAGUUGAAUCUUCAUACAUCGUUACUACCUGUGAGGGGAACCAUGUCCACCGCCUGAGCUGUGAUUCUGGAGUGAUCAGUAUUCAGACAACACUGUAUGGACGUAAAGACACAGUGACCUGCAGCGAAGGACAAACUGCACAGCAGCUUUCUAACACAGAGUGCUCUCUGUCAAACGCCAGAGAUGUCCUCAAGAACAGGUGUGACGGAAAAACAGUGUGUGAACUAACCCCACCUGACUUGGGUGCACCUGACCUUUGCGGUGGCACCUAUAAAUACCUGCAGACCGAGUACAUCUGCCUUCCAGCAAUUCGCCAAGUGACAUGUGAGGACUCCAUGGCACAUCUGCAGUGUGGUGGAGGUGAGGUUAUAUUUGUCUAUGGUGCUUAUUAUGGACGUGUCGACCCGAGCACAUGCUCCUACAAACGGCCUGCUGGACAAACUGCAGAUGUGGACUGCUCACAGCCAGCUACCAAAGUUUCUGAAAGCUGCAAUGGGAAGAACAGCUGUAUGAUCAAAGCCAGUAACUCAGUGUUUGGAGACCCCUGUGAGGGAACUUACAAGUACUUGGAGGUGGCUUAUGUGUGUGAAUAUCCUGUGAGCUCUCCAAAGAACACUGAAGACUCACUCGACAUGCAAUAAGAUCAUUGUAAUAUGCAUUAAAUGAAAUACAUUCAUGUCUUGUCA